GUAGUUUACAUCGUCGAAAUAUUUUGAUGCAUUUUUGUUUGUUUUGGAAUGAUAAAGUCCUGAUUUUACCGCUCGUUCAUUUCAUAAAUUGCCCUGAUCUUGACAAUGAUGUCAUGUAUCAAGGGCCAGAAUGCUGAAAAUCGUGUGAGCAUCGAAAUGGAUAGUGCCAUCUAUCAUGAGAAACAAUCAAAGGAGAUGUGUGCCCUUCAUGCACUCAACAAUCUCUUUCAGGAUCAGAAUGCCUUCACCAGGAAACACCUUGAUGAAAUGUGCUUCAGACUUUCUCCCAACAAUAUGAUCAACCCCCACAAGAGUGUUCUCGGUCUUGGUAACUAUGAUGUGAAUGUGAUCAUGGCAUCCUUGCAGACUAAAGGUUUCCAGGCAGUCUGGUUUGAUAAGAGAAAGAACAUUGAAUGUUUGGCCCUGGAGAACAUCAUGGGCUUCAUAUUGAAUAUCCCCACCGAGUACAAGUGGGGCAUAUUUCGCCUGCCGUUUCAUCGCAAACACUGGAUUGGCAUUCGGGAAAUAUCUGGCUUAUACUACAACUUGGACUCUAAACUUGAUGCCCCUGAAAUCAUUGGCAAAAUUGCUGAGCUGCAAGUGUAUCUUAAAGAACAGAUAGAGGAUAAAGAUAAGGAGUUAUUAUUGGUGGUUCGCACUGCUGUUGAUGAAGCCAGGACUUGGUACAGGGAUGUGAGGGUGGAUGCUGGCACACCGAAACCUGAUGAUGUUGUAAAUCAGAAUGGUUCACUCUCGGCGUCGGGGGUCGCAUUGGAAACCAGUGGGUGGAAAGAACUGGAGAGUCCAAAUUAUGCAUCUCAUUUAGAUGCAGAAAAGUUAGUUUUGUCAUUUUACAAAGAUGAGCAGUUACGUGCAGAAUCCAUGAGGGAGAAUGGUAAUGACAGUACUGCCGAGGUGGGUUAGGUUCCAGGUAAUAACCACCAGGCAGCGCCCCUUAGUGGCCUAUGCACAACUUCUGUUUGGAGCAAGAAUUCUUUUCAAACUGCAGAGUCCCCUAAAGCAUUAAAAGGGAGUUUCAUAUAUGUGACUGAUGUUUUUCUUUUUUGCGAGAGAAUGUCAAUCAAAAUGUCAAUUAAUAAUAUGAAUGGGUUUUUAGUCAAAUAGCCUGUGAGCAAUGUGAAGACAGUGUUCUGACCUUGCCGGUGAUGAGUGUCACAUUACCAGUAAGCCUUGCCUUCUUGUGUGCAUGGGCCCUGAUAACCCUGUUGCUUUCAUAGCUGUUCCAUAUUUUUCAAGUCUAAAUGUUCUGAGUCGUGUUCUAAUGAAUAUAAGGUGUCUUUUAUGGUUGUUGCACCGUGUAUCUGAGACAAUUAUGCAAUAUAUGUCCUCAGGUUUUUGUUUCGGGCAGAGAUGCAUUUCUGCCCAGAAAAGUGUCAUGGGAGUUUCUGUCCAAUUAUAAUUCUGUGAUUUUUUAAUCGUUCAAUGGUUUUUAAGAUUUAUGGGAAUGUGUGUAUAAUUCAUUUCGGCCAAGUUGACACCACAUAUGUACUAAUUUAGUAAUUGCACAUGUGUAUGAACUGUAAGAGGCUUGCAAGUACACGUACACCGAAACUAGGAUUGCUGCAUGUACUGGUGCCAUAUAUCUAACAAGUUCUCAAAAGAAUCCCCACAAUAUCAACGCCAGAUUGGUAUGAACUUACUUAGGACCCUUCGUGCCCUAGGUGGCACAUGGGGCGGUAUGAUUGGUAUGAAGGUCAUUCUUGAUUCUGAUCAAAAAGCUGUUAGAUGCCUUCAGUUCAGAGGUUGCCAUAUUUGAAACCAUCUGUAUUUUGUUGCACUUCACGAUAUUGUACACAGAUAAAGAGAACUUCUCUUGGAACAUCACCACUCAAGUCAGGUUGUGAAUGGUUUCCUUUCUACUCCACUAACCAUUGUCAGACAAACAAUAUGGUCUCUAUUGAAUUCUGAUAGUUGAUGUCAUCUGUCCUUAUGUUUGCAUUUCAUUGCUACAUCAUUUUACCCCCUGCAUGUACAUCUUGAAAGACAAGUCCACAACAACCAGAAUCAUUUAAAAUAUCCACUGCUUGUGAGUAGGUGCAGGAAUGUACUAGUGUCAGCGAUGUUCAGGUCACUCAGAUUGCAUUUCCUGGUCUAGGUGUAGAGUUAUCUCUCAAAGUCAUACUAUAUUGGUGCUCUAAACGAUGUUUUGUUUGAUGUUUUGUAAACAGUAGCUUUAGACAGAGUGCUGAUAGCCUUUCAUUGUUAAUGUGCUUCUUUCUUUCUCUAAGAAUGUCCUGUUUUUGCUGUUUUCACUGUGAGAGCCUGCAGCUGUGGUGGUCUUGAGAUCAUAGGUGAUACAUAUGGUUGGUGAAUAGUACAGAUGUGUAUGACCAGCAUCCUGUGACAUGGUCAAGCAAGUUGAUUUCUCACGUCGUACUUCCGGGUCUCACCUAUAUGUUUGAUUGGAAGCAGAUGCCCAUGUAGCAUAAUGGAUCAUCGUACACAGGCUCUGAUUGACUACGUACAAUACAAAAUUAGCUUAGAAUAGAUGUAUGUGUUAUACAUGUAUGUUGAUACUGUCAAAGUCUAUAGGUAAAUCUGUAUGUAAUAGUUUUUCUAAAACUCACAAUAUAUUUCAAUGUAAUUUGAUUACACGUAUUUGUAUUUUGUAUAGCAUGGUAAUAAGAUGUACAUCAAUAUAUUGCCCAGCAAUUCUA